GUGGCCGGGACCCGCGCUUCCGCUUCCGGCGGUGUGAGUGGGACGCGCGGCGUGGUGUGGCGUUUCGUGGCGAUGGCGGCCGGAGGUAGCGACCCGCGGGCCGGCGACGUAGAGGAGGAUGCCUCACAGCUUAUCUUUCCCAAAGAGUUUGAAACAGCGGAGACACUACUAAAUUCAGAAGUUCACAUGCUUCUGGAGCAUCGAAAGCAACAGAAUGAGAGUGCAGAGGAUGAACAGGAACUUUCUGAGGUCUUCAUGAAAACUUUAAAUUACACAGCCCGUUUCAGUCGUUUCAAAAACAGAGAGACUAUUGCCAGUGUCCGCAGCUUGUUGCUCCAGAAGAAGCUUCAUAAGUUUGAGUUGGCCUGUUUGGCCAACCUUUGCCCAGAGACUGCUGAGGAGUCAAAGGCUCUGAUCCCAAGCCUGGAGGGGCGGUUUGAAGAUGAGGAGCUGCAGCAGAUUCUUGAUGAUAUCCAGACCAAGCGCAGCUUUCAGUAUUAAUCUCCAGGUACCAUUCUGCUGCUGAGGGCACGACACCCCAGCCCAGCACGACUGUCCCAGGCUCUGGAGCUGACUUACACAGAAAUUGUAUGGCAGAAGACACUUGGUGUAGGUUGCUGUGUCGGACUUGACUAGUGGACCUUGAUAACCUGACCUUGCCUCUCAGAAGGGUGAGAUGGGGUGAUGUGCUCAUAUGCUACACUGUUGACUACCUCAUACCACGGUUUUGGUCCUGGUGGUAUUUUUUAAGUCCUCUCUACUCCCAGCAUGGGACUUUAACUCAUGACCCCAGGAUCAAUUGACGCAUGCUCUACCAACUGAUGCAGCCAGGUGCCCCCUUUUUAAGAUUUUAUCUUUUUAGCUCCUGUGUUAUUUUUGAUUCCUAAGAUUUCAUGUUUAAUAAUUUCAAUCUGUUUAUAGUUCUUAAAACUAAUAGAAUUAAGCAAU